AGAGCCGGCGUGUCACACACACACACACGUGUGUAUGUGUGUGUGUGUGACACGUGUGUGUGUGUGACGUGUGUGUGUGUGUGUGGGGGCUGUCUCACACACACGGGGGUCCUCUAUAUAUACACCGACCGGCGUGGGGACGCGGGCCAGCGGGGCUUUGUGUGGCAGUGUCAAGUGUAACCUACCCCCCCCCCUUGUCUAACCACGAGCCUCAUUGUCUGAGGGGUGGCCCGGUUACUGUGACGGCGCUGGGGGUCGUUGUCGACGGGACGAGGGGGGCACACGCGCUGCGUCAAAGAGUGGGGCGCUAAUUUAACACGUUCGGUAAAAAUUACGAGUGCGUUAAUUGUUUUUUUUAAUGUGUGUGUGUGGCGCGGGUACGAUUUUGUGUCCGGGGCCUUGUAUUGAUUAAGUGGGAUCGAUCGGUUUUUAUUAAGCCGUAGAACGACUGAGAAGAUUCGUUAAUCCGUUAUCUAAUAAGAGCUGUGAGCCGUCACAACGUGUCUCAUCUCGCGGGGUACUUCGGUGUUCGUGUACCCACAUCCAUCUCGACAGCCUCCCAGCCUCGCUGCUGUCCACCUGUAACGACAACAACAACAACCACAACAACAACAACAAACAACCACAAGUCUAACAAGUGUACACAAUUGCGUUGAGCUCCACGCACGGUCAGUAGGCUCUAAGCAAAGACUUGAACUUUAAUCGGCGAAUCAUCAUCAUCACUAUCACCAUCAGUUGUUGGUGUUGGAGCAAGGCAUCUGCUGUUGUUGUAUAGCUAGCUAGCUAGCGAGCGCCUACCGAGACGAUGGGCAAGGACUACUACAAGAUCCUGGGCAUCGUUCGCGACGCCAGCGACGACGACAUCAAGAAGGCGUACAGGAAGAUGGCUCUUAAGUGGCAUCCCGACAAGAACAAGGCUCCCCACGCCGAGGAGAGGUUCAAGGAGGUGGCCGAGGCGUACGAGGUGCUCAGCGACCCCAACAAGAGGGAGGUCUUCGACAGAUACGGCGAGGAAGGCCUCAAGGGAGGAGGCGUGGGCAACGCGAGGCACCCCGGCAACGGCCCCACCAUGAACGAGAAUGGCGGCAGCUUCACGUACUCCUUCCACGGCGACCCGCACGCCACCUUCCGCGCCUUCUUCGGCGGCGCCGACCCCUUCGAGAUGUUCUUCGGCUCGGGUCGCGGCGGCCACGGCGGCCACGGCGGCCACGGCGGCCUGGGGGGCCUGGGCAUGAACGGCGGCGGAGGCGGCGGUGGCGGCGGCGAGGCGAUGGAGAUCGACUCGGACGACCCGUUCGCCGCAUUCGGUCUGGGCGGCGGCGGCGGCGGCGGUCCGUCGCACCACAGGCGGCGCACGCAGGACCCCCCCGUGGUGCACGAGCUGCAGGUGUCGCUGGAGGACAUCUACCGCGGCUGCACGAAGCGCAUGCGCAUCUCGCGGCGCCGGCUCAACCCCGACGGGCGGUCGACGCGCACCGAGGAGAAGAUCCUGACGCUGGAGAUCAAGAAGGGCUGGAAGGAGGGCACCAAGAUCACGUUCCCGCGCGAGGGCGACGAGGGCGGGCGCAACAUCCCGGCCGACGUCGUCUUCGUGGUGAAGGACAAGGCGCACCCGCUGUUCCGGCGAGACGGCUCCGACAUCGUCUACACGGCGAGCGUCUCGCUCCGAGAGGCGCUGUGCGGCUGCUCGGUGAAGGUGCCCACGCUGGACGGGCGCAAGCUGUCGCUCUCCAUGACGGAGGUGGUGCGCCCGGGCCUGACGCGGCGCGUGGCGGGCGAGGGGCUGCCCUUCCCGCGCGCUCCCUCGCGCCGCGGCGACCUUGUCGUCGACUUCUCCGUGCGCUUCCCCGACAGGAUCCCGCCGGCCUCGCGCGACGUCCUGCGCCAGCACCUCCCCGCCUGCUGAGAACCAUCGCGACGACUGCCUCCAGAUCGGGGGGCGGCCCCAGGGUAGAAUGGGUAGAAUAAAAAAAAUGUAAUGUGUUCAAAUUUGAUCAAUUUACUCCCAUUGGCUAGACUUGCAGAAGGGUAUUGGAACGGUUGAGGUGAGAUGGUGAUGUUAGGCACUUUCGAGUUGCUUGAGAUAGUUAAGCAUCCUGUAAAUGCAAAUCCUUAUCCCGAACACACGUGGACGCGCGCGCGUAGAUCGCCGUUCUAAACAGUGCGCGUGUGCAUGCGUGUGUUCACCAACGCAUUGGGGAAAGUCGGGCUGAGCUCUUGUGCCGCGCUGCCCAUGACGUUGAAGAUGAGAUGAUAUUGAAAAGGGAGAUUCUCUGAGACCCUUAAGUGAACAACAGUGAUUCUAAGCCAUUGCAUUAGACCCAAAGUUAUUUGGAACUGGUAUAAUUUAUCAACUAAAAAAAAUCGGUAUAUUUUUGUUUUUAUAUUUUGUAAUCAUAUAAUGGCCUCGAGGCCAUUAAGAAACUUGUCAAAUUGUUGAAGUUUAAGAAACCACCAUAGAGUAAAUAUGACCUUAUAAAAUUUGAUGACUUUUAUAAAGCAAUUUCAAGUCUGAGCCAUUGUCUCCCCAAAAGCAAAGGUGUGUGGCUGUAGCCCAACAGGACAUGGCUAAUUGUAGCAUUACUCGUGCAGUUAGGAGUUAACUCGUAGCCAGCUGUAGCUGUUCAGAAUGAUUGCGUGUGUGAAAUUACAACUAAGUGUCACUCACGGGUUCACCCACAGAGGAUGCAGAACGAAAACGCGUCCGUCAAUAGCACUGUGGCCUUUAAAAGGGGAUAAUCGGUGACAUUCCCGCGAAAUGGUUCUUGUUCACAGCAUCUCUCUCCGCUGCGUUCUUGACGAAUGUGCGCGAGUGGCUUUUUUGUUGUGCCCUUGCACCAGCUCUGAACGCAACGCGAGCAAGCCUUGCACUUGUGAUGUGAUGCCGAGGCUUCCAGUGGCUCUCACUUUAGCGGUCCAUGCCCGGCUGAUGAGGCUCAACGAAGCCGUUACCAGUCCAGGGUUUUGACUCCCAUUUGAAGCCCACACGUUUCUGACUAGAUAUUGGUCUGGGGGACACCAUAGUGGCCCGUCAACUCCACUUAAUUUACGGUGACGUUUUUUUUUGUCGGAUCGUGUAAAUGUGAAUGUGUCAUACACCCAAUUCCACCCGACACAGCCAAUCAGUAAAGGUUGUCACGUGAACAGGAUGUGCCAAUUAUAGUUACUACUAGGGCACCUCGGUGAAGAGACGUUAACUGCCUCGCCUGGUAUACAGGAGGUCUCGGGUUUGAUCCCGACCCUGACGCCUGCUGCUGCUGUAUAUUUGGAGUUUGCGUGGAUUUUUCUCUGGCCCCUCUGGUUUUUUUCCUCCACAUUUAGAAAUAACAUGCAUUUAGAGUAUUCGACCGCUAUAUGUUUCCACAUAAUGACCCACUGCGUUGAGCUAUCAUUUGUGGCCAGGUCGCUUCUGAAAAAGAGCUCCGUGGGCCUUAACCUGGCACAAGAAAAAGUUUCGUUUUAAGUUUUACUUCAGCCCACCGGUGUGUUGGAGAGCAAACCCACAGCAUUUACAAUUUGAGUUUACGACGUUUCGCCGGUGAUCACGACGACCAGCAUUCCGAGAAACGAACGUUGGUGUACGACACAUUUACGUAAUCUAAGCGAUGAAUAGGAUCGAUAGUAAAAGCCUUCCGUGAUGAAUUCUAUUUAUUCGAUAUCGGCUGUGAAAAAAAAACACCUGUUAUUCUCCUACUAUGUCUUCGGAGGAAAUGUCUGGAUGCCGAAUCCUACUACCACCAAGGCAUUUGGCUCUUGAGUGAUGCCCAGUGGGAGUGAUAUUUAUAUAUGCAAUGUCCACAGGUGAUAUUGUAUUGGUACUACCUGCACUGCCCAGCAAUAAUGUAUCGCACAAGGCAACUGCUGGGAAGCAAGUGAUUGUGAGCACUUAGGGUUCUUGUUCUGGUCCACACCUUUCAGUGGGGGGCGGUGGGGGGGAAGGGGAGGUUGAAUUGCAGAAUGUUAGGGUUGCGGCAUCAGCUUGCGUGAAGCUGCUAUGUACAUAGCCACAUAUAGAGGGCAUGUAGGUGGGUGUUUAUAUAGCAGCUUGCGUGAAGCUGCUAUGUACAUAGCCACAUAUAGAGGGCAUGUAGGUGGGUGUUUAUAUAGCAGCUUGAGGGAAGCUGCUAUGUUACACAGCCACCUACAGAGGGCAUGUAGGUGGGUGUGUACAUAGCAGUUUGAGUGAAGCUGCUAUGUACAUAGCCACAUAUAGAGGGCAUGUAGGUGGGUGUGUACAUAGCAGUUUGAGUGAAGCUGCUAUGUAACAUACCCACCUACAGAGGGCACGUGUAGGCGUCUCUCCCUUUGUGUCCUGCGUGCCUAAAGUUCAUAAUCGAGUGUGAUGAGGUUUGACUCUUUUUUAAGACCCCUGUAAGUCUGCGUGUGUGUUAGGCGUAAAUGGGGGAGCGAUACCGCAGAGGGUUAGCGUGCUGUUUGCUGAUCCACGUGUUUUAAAUCCUGGAAAUGUGGAAUGGGUGUUGAACCCGUCCCGGCGAGGUGUGUGUGUGUGAUCAUCGGCACGGGGAAGACAAAGGCGGCCCUGGGUGCGUUCAGCCCUGUGCCGCACCGUUCCCUUGUGCACCGUGCCAGCCUUCACAUGCUCCUGCGGUAGCCUCUACGGAUAAACUGGGGUCUUUGUACAUAAAGCGUAGCUUUUCCUGUUUUAUUUUUGAUGUCGGAAGAGCCGUUGGUUCAGGUUGCCAGUGAGUGUUGUACGUGCGAGUUCGUCCCGAGCACACUUGCCCCUGUUAAAGAGAACUUCACGCUGGCCAAACCGCUGCAGGGCAGUAAGUGACCUAAAGAUGAUGACCAAAUGAAUGAAAACGACACGCGAGUUGUUUUUGGGUUGAUUAUUAUAAUAAUUGUUUUUGGUCUUCAUUGAGCAAAACCAAUCGGCAGAAGCAAAACAAUUUCUAAUAUUCAUAGAAACGUGAUGUGGUCUCUCCAUCGGGUUGUGCCGCGUGUUGCUUAGCUGAAGGUGUCUCGACGUUUCGAAUGAAUGUCAGCUCCCAGAAGCAGCUCCCCGUGAGAGCAAGAGCGGCGAAACGUGUCGGAGGCAUCGCGCCGCCCAGCGGCACGCGAUCCCGGAGACACCUUGGUGGCAGAGCCGUGCGGCAAAAACCGUGAAAAGGCUUUGGCGCAGUUGUAAGAAACCGGUUCAGAAAAACGUGGCACACAGCUGGGCCUGUAGCAAUGGGGGGGCGUGAGAGUUUUGUAUGACCGAUUGCAUACCUGUCAACUCCUUAUCAGUGCCCUACCUGAUUACAGACCGAGUCGGAUCGUAUUGGUCACCCCGUGCCCCUUACAAAUCUCAGCGUUCAUCCUACAAAGUCCCGUCACUUUGUAGGAUGAGAAACACAAACAAAUAGGACUAUAUACUCUAUGGGUUUUUUUCGGUAAAGUCACGUUGGUAAAAAUUUAAAUUAAAUAAAUGAAAACAACUAAAUUAAAUCGUCGUGAUUUAAAGAAAUUUUAAUUUAUUUAAUUUUUUUACCUACGUGACUUUACCGAAAAAACCAUAGAGUAUGAAUCCUUGCAGUCACGAAAGCUUCAAAUCUAAAAUAGACUAUUUUUUUGCCCGUAUUGAAAUGGCUGUACGCCGUAUAAACCUGAAAACUCAAUUUCCCUGUGCAAGAAUAUGGGGUAACCCGUGUGGGUUGACAGGUAUGCGAUUGUAGGGAUGGCCGGUGACAGUGGUUGGUGGUGGAGUACACGUUAAUUGCUAUUUAUUGUGCACAGUUAUGAGAAGAUGGAAAUGUAUUUAUUACCUUUGGUGGUCACUUAAGUUGGCAAUGUCGGAUACAGUCAAUUGAGAAGGACUAACUAAUGCUUAAGCAUCACGGUCAGGAAUUUUACAGAAGUUAUGAAUUCAAAGGCAGAGAUUGAGACAUGAAGGUGUUUUUAAUUAGAUUUGUGCCAAAAUAUGCCAAGCACACGUCUUGUUUUCGUUGUCGAUGUCAAUUUGUAUUUUCAUGUUUUUUUAUGCACUUUAAUGCACAUGUUUUGGAUGUUUAUGGAAGCCUGGCAAAAGUACUAUACACUACCCGAAGCACUACAGUGUUAAUAUUCAUGAUGCGUCUGCUAUCUGAUGACUCGAGUAUAAAUGAAUUGUAACGGACAAAAUAAUUUUUCAUAAACAAUAUUUCAGAGUGGUAAUUCAGUAAAUAAACUCUAUAUAUAUAAAGAGGUGUAUGAUGUAUUUUGGAUUUUGCUAAUUGUUGAUAAAGACCAGGGGCAUCCAUUUCAUUUAUUUUGUACCCUGUUUUAUGAAGUCUUUGAUUUGUAGAGUGCACGAAAAGCAGACUGGUUUCAUUCUAAAAUGAGUGCAGUGCUGAGACCUAAUGCGGUGUCAAAUCUUACUCGGCACACUGUUGUUGGUUUGACCCUUUCCCGUCGUCCUGAGACGCCUGCAAGUCGCAGGGCAGGUGUCCCAUUCACCACCGAAUCUCGUAAGCGGCUCGGCGUUUUAUUUUGUUUAGAGAGGAGUAGCGCCGUCAUUUUUAAAGACAUACUCACCGCGGAGAACUGUAGCGACACAAUCGCACUCUACGAUAGCUGGCGCCAAACUCUGCCACGCCCUCCCACGUGGCCUUGUUGGGGGCCUCGGUACCGACCAAGUAAAAAUAGCUUUUCUUCUGAUAGAAACUUCCUGGAGAAGCUCCCAGCAUAUGUAGCGAAACGUCGGACAUCGCCCUGAAUGUAACAACGUUGCACAGGCCCAAAACACAUUGCAGAAAUAAACGGCACGAGCGUGAAAACGUUUGCCGUAGUUCUACAUAUACGUAUGUCAUCGGAACGGAAUCGGAAGAAAAUUUGAUGACGAACAACGUGCGUCGCAGGAACGGGAAAGGGUGAAACGUACCUCUCGUGUGUGAUCGCAGUGUAAGAUUAUGCACAUACAGCUAUUCUGCUAUUUGAGUUACAAGUUGUAUUUGUUUAACCAGGUGAGAACUGGGUCACCAAAGUUGAUGAGCAAUAAAAUAACGUACGGCAAUGAAGCAAAGAGAUAAUCGGGAGGAAAAGACCAACAGCAGGGUCACAGGAGGAGUCUUACGAUUCUGCACUAACUUAACAUGGAAGAGAAUGCAUUUGCCGUCGUGAAAGGUAGCUCGUAAAAGUUACUUUUAAACCGUUCAUUUGUACAAUUAAGGUACGGAAGAAGCAUUUGAUAGUUCAAGGGUGGUUAUUGCACUAACAAGUAAACAGACUGGUAGAUUUCAAGCGCAACUGCAGUCGUAGAGCGUUGAAAGGACCCCCACACGUUGCAGUCUUGACGCGUGUGGCGGUGUCGUGGAAUACAACAUUUGAAAAUUACACUCUACAACUAAAUUUGAUAUCGGCUCAUUAAUCUCCUCCGCAGCACCGCAAACUCCACUGCAGAAUGCAGCAUAUCUCAUUUGACUCGACUGGUUAAAUAAAAGUACGCCAAUAGGGGCGGGCGCUUUGCAUUGUGUGCGGAAGAAGGAAGGCUCGGUUGGCUCGAAACCGGUGCCACGUGCGCCUCGUGAUGCAAUGGCUUGUGACGUCACAGAGGGGAGUUCUAAGACGUGUCAAAGGGUGGCAGCACGAGCUUACUCGUCGGCAACUGCACAAUUUAAAACGCUGCUUUUUUUUUUACGUGCAUUCAACGUCCCAAUGUGCACGUGUUUUAAAAAUCAGCCGGUGGUUUUGAACGUUCGCAAGCAGACAAAAGAAAACAAACUUGUGGCGAUUGGGAAAAUGCUCGGUAAAUCGUAAUUAAAAGCGAGCUUUCCCCGUCGAAUGCUUCCCACGCAAGUGUGUUAGGAACGAGUGUGGUUCAGGUGUUUGUAUUCGCGCACUAACUAUUUAAAAAAAGUUUAUGGAAAUAAGAUGGAUACAAGCCGGUGGAGAUGGUUAAUCGUUCAUUUAAAUGUUGCUUCUUAUUUACCAGUCUCCCCGUGCCUCGCCGGGUCACGAUGAUUUGCACCCAUCUGCUGAUUGCGUUGGUGCGGUUGGGGAAUUGAGUGGAAGAAGUCUCCACAUUCGACAUUGUCGUGCGUGGUGUACACAGAUCUCUCCGAUACGUUUUUCUAGGGAGUUGCACUCCGGGUUUCUUCGGCACGGUGUCCCAAACGUUUCGCUGCUGCAUAUGCUGGGAGCUUUUUCGGGAAGUUUCUUCCAGAUGCUAAGCCAGCGCGUGGAGCGAAACGUCGGACAUCGUCCCGAAUGUGAGCAACGCAGCACAGGCCCGAAACACAUUGCAGAAAUAAACCGCACAGGCGUGAGGACGUUUGCUGUAUUUAUACAUGUGUAGUGCUACUUUGUACAUAGAAUCACAAUUCAAUGCCAUGCUGCUGUCGCCAAGAAGUACAUUUUAAACCGAAGGAUAAACACAUUAAAAGUUUAAUAAAGUAUUUUGGGUUAGGUCGCGAAGGUAUUAAUGUGUCGUAACCCUCCACCACCCGACACAGCCAGUAAGGGAUUUGUCACGUCAACAAAACGUGCCAAUGAGUAACUACUUCAGCCCACCGGUGUGUUGGAGGGAGUGAACCCACACGACAUUUACCAUUUGAGUUCCGUGUCGUUUCGCUGGCGAUUACAUCCAGCAGCGUGAUCGGGCGAUUCGCCACAAAGCGUGAAGCCAUCCGCCUGCUUGCGGUGUUAAAUAGCAGGACGACGCCGCACACGGUGACCCUGACGGCCGCGUCAAGGUCACGGGUGUAGGACGACGAUCGCCGUUGUAUUCGUCCGUGAAUGUCGCACGAAAAUUGGGGUUCACAAGACCCCUGGCAGCCACGGGAAGCCGCUGCAUUUACCACAGUGUCAAUUGAAUUGUGAACCUGGAUCGGGACAGUCCAUUGAAUGAAGAAGGGGUGAUGGGGGUGGUGAAUUAUUACCAUCCCGAUAGGACAUUUUGGGUGAUCCAUUUACAGACGGCCUCUGCCCACGCGCUUCUGCAGUCGGUCGCUCUCCGCAUUUCCCUUCGCUCCUCCUGUCACCCCGCGCGAGAGGUCACGGGUUGAACGCUCCAUGGCCGACAGCCGCCGCCUCUCUACACCCGGGAUCAGAACGGGGGCCUGUAGAAUAUUAUGUUGUUAUAAAGGGGGCCCUGAAUAAAAAAAAAACACGUAAAUAUUAAAACAGUAUUUUUUUUGUUACUUGCAUAGUAAGGUAAUUGUAUUUUUUCAUUUGUUAUACGGCCAGAUAAUAAAUCAAAUCGCUCACCUUAAACACCCAGUCGUUCCUAAAAGUCGAAGGCGGUAUAGUAUUAUAGUAAUAGAGCAAGUGCAUAAUCACUGAACCGGAAUUUAUAGCUUGAAAGCAUUUAGCGCGGGGCCCGUAGCUACAACUACAUAUGUAGUAGUACAUAUACAUAUGUACUACUACAUAUGUAUAUGUAGUAGCUACGAGGAUAAUCUGGCACUGCCCCCACCGCGGUCUGCAACACGGCCAUCGGCCCCGCUGCGGUGCUCGGUGCGCCCCGACUCCGGCCCGGCUUUAGUCGCACUGACCUUGACCCCGCGCCUCAAGGUCACGGCCAUCUAUGCCCCCGUCACGUGUCGUGCGCGCAGCACAUGGCAUCGAUGUCGAUCCCACGUGCGUCCUCUUGUCACGGUCACUUGAUUCCUCGGCGCCUCGCCACCACCUAAAUCACUCCGCACUCGUUUACGCUUUGAAAUGCGGAGAAGCGCCUCGAGUGAGCCGACGGGAGCAGCUUGUAAAUCUACGUCGAACUUCUUUCGCACCGUACGCGGCCAGCCGUGCUGAACGGAGUAUGCCGGGAGAACGAAACGCUGAAUUUAAUUUCAAAGCCUUCACACGCCAAUCUUAAUACGGUCGUUUCUAUUUUAAUAUUUUUUAAAACACUCGCACAAUUCGAUCAGCUGUUGAGAAGGAGGAGGGUCAGACGUCGGUGGGGUAUCUCGAGUUGGAUCACCCGGUGUUCCACGUGGGAUGCUCUCCGGGCCCUCUGUGUUGCGUUAUUCAUCAGCUGAGCACUUUACAGCGGCAUUUAAUGUCGCUUGAAUGACACGUGGUAACCUAAUACUGGUAGGAACCUCCUGGUUACACCAGCCCACAGGGGAUUAUUGUGUCCGUCGUGCAUCCAAAAAUUGGAGGGGUGGGGCUGGGUGGAGAGGGUGGGGUGGGGGGUGGAGAGGGUGGGGUGGGGAGGGGCUGGGUGGGGUGGGGCUGGGUGGGGCUGGGUGGGGUGGGGCUGGGUGGGGCUGGGUGGGGAGGGGCUGGGUGGGGAGGGGCUGGUCACCCCGUGGUGCCCUUAUAAAACUCAACGUUUAACCUACUCACGCCAGCUUGUGCCCGCCCUCACAGUCGGGCAUAUUUGCGGAAUACACCACGCCGCCGUUGACCCUGCAGGCCAUUGACCGAGCAACCCAACGGUCCUACCAGCUCCCUCCGCAGGAAUGUGUUACAUGUACAUGCUAUGGCGGGGGGGGAUGUGUUCACGAAUUUCACAUCUGAAAAAUAAAUCGAGCAUAAGAUGUGAAAGUUCGGGCGAUUUCAAGAGGUGAAACGGCUACGGAGACAUGAUGUCAGUUGCGUGCUUCGCCCGCAUAAAGUGACGUCGCGUGACAUCACUACUGCGAUCACGAAGACAUUUUACAUCGGUCAGCGAAUGGACGAGAUCUGUAGAUCUGAAACAUAUCUGACAGUCAUCCCUACGACAUUGUAACGUUUGUCCAGGUCUGCCUAUAAUGCCAACUCCACAUUGCUGUUGUUGGGACACGUCUGCUCACAGGACAACCGUUGAUGACUUCCCAUUAAGUGGCAGGAGCUUCACCAAUGUGGUACUCAUUUUACCACCCCUUUAGACAUUGACGGACGAUGAUGAUGAUGGGGUUGAAAUGCAAUUUCUACGAAGCUGCCAAACCCUAUGGGUUGCUGUAAAGGUCGGCGUUACUGGCAUCUGAGUUUUUAGGGGUUUGUGUGUGAUUCGGUGAUUGCAUAUUUAAUCUCGUGCUGAUUUGCAGAGAGCUGUUUGCUUUACAGUGUGAUUGUAGAUGAUUGGUAUAGUCAAAUAACCACCGGGAAUUGUACAUAUUUACUGCUGUCCUGUACAGAUAUUUUUUUUCAAUAUGGUGUAAAAUAAACGUUUUAAAAGAUGA